AUGGGUUUGACUGAAUACUUGAGGUCAAUCGAUUGGGAGCAAGAAGCGUACCCAGCAUAUGAAGAUUUCACAAUUCUUCUUUUGUUUAUCCUCUACUUCCCAACUGUCCGAUUUUUUCUGGAUAAAUUCGUCUUUGAGAGAUUGGGGAGACGGUUAAUUUUUGGAAAGGGACAUCAGAAGCUGGAUUUACAAUCUGAAGAACAAAGGAAGAAGAUUAGAAAAUUCAAGGAGUCAGCAUGGAAGUUCACAUAUUUUCUUUCAGCAGAGCUUCUAGUCCUUUCUGUAACUUAUGAUGAGCCUUGGUUUACUGAUACAAAAUACUUUUGGGUAGGGCCAGGAGACCAGGUCUGGCCUGACCAGAAAAUGAAGUUGAGAUUGAAGGGAGUUUAUAUGUAUGCUGCUGGAUUUUACACAUACUCCAUAUUUGCUUUGAUUUUCUGGGAAACAAGGCGUACAGAUUUUGGGGUGUCCAUGGGCCAUCAUGUAGCAACAGUCAUUCUCAUUCUGCUGUCUUACAUUUUCAGGUUUGCCCGCGUAGGUUCAAUUGUUUUAGCUCUUCAUGAUGCUAGUGAUGUGUUUCUGGAGGUUGGGAAGAUGUCCAAAUACGGUGGUGCUGAAAGGACUGCUAGCUUUUCAUUUAUUCUUUUUGUAUUGUCUUGGAUCAUACUGCGUCUCAUUUAUUAUCCAUUCUGGAUCCUUCGGAGUACAAGCUACGAAGUUAUCCUGGCAUUGGAUAAGAACAAGCAUUCUAUCGAAGGACCAAUAUAUUACUAUGUGUUCAAUACUCUUCUGUACUGCUUACUUGUUUUUCACAUUUUCUGGUGGGUGUUGAUUUAUCGGAUGCUUGUUAAACAAAUCCAAGCAAGAGGGCAGCUUAGUGAUGAUGUGCGGUCAGGCUUCAUUGAGAAGAACAUGGUGCCUUCAGUACAGUAG